UCUUUUUACCGGUCCUUUGAACACCCUUAUGCCCUAUCCAUUCGGGUUUCCCUCUCAAUUCUUUCACAGACGUUUGCCGCCGCCCCUGUUUCAGCUGAAGAGUCUUAGUCGAGGUUGUGGACGGCUGUGGCGUUGUUGUUCUGGAAAGGAUUGAAGAAUAAGGAGGAGGAGGAGGAGGAGGCGGUGACAGGUGAUUUUGCCGAGGAAGAAGCAGAAGGCGAGUUCACUGCCGCCGCCGCUCUGGCUCGCUCCGAUUUGUUGCCCGGUAAUACUAUAUUGUCUCUUCCAUUAUUCACUACAAUUACUGAAAAAAAGUGAAGACUCUUGACGGAGCUUUAAAAUGGAAAACCAAGGGGUAUGCCCAACAGAAACAGACCGCUGCGGUUCGAAUCGGUCUUGGGAUUAAGCCGCUUGGUUCGACUGAUUCGACCUAUGAUUGGCAACCCUAGACGGGUCGAGGAAGAACUGAUUUUCUUCAAAUUCUAAUGUUUAUUUCUGUAUCAAUGCCCCGACCUAUCCUCUUUUGUUGGAUAGAAAAUCUCUUGAAUUUUGAGAAAUGUGAUUAUGGUUAUGUUUCAGAAGUGUUUGCUUCCAUUUGAGAAAUGGGUACUAUCGCUUUUGCAAAAUCUUUAAACCAACUGUUUGAGCUGACAAUGGGAAGGCAUGGCUAUUAUUUAUCUAGAAUUCCUGUCAUUAGACGAUUCAGAACUCAAUAUCUUGCAUUUAUCCCUUCCUCGAACCCAUUUUGCUCUGAUUAUACCCAGAACAACCCCAAUCAAAUUGAACAGGUUCCUAGUCAUCAGGAAGUAACAUUGAGCACCACCAGGAACCAACAUCCUAACCAUCCAGAACCUUUGUGCCAUGAGUUAGUUCAAAAGCUUCGGAUUUUACUUCAACAGGAGCGCACGGGUGCUGCCAAGAGGCUCAUUAAGUCUAUAAUUCUGUCCAAAUCUCCUUUCUCAUCACCUUGUGAUCUCAUUGCACUUUUUUCUGUCCAUUCUCCCAACUUGAAGCAUGUCUUUUCAAAUAUGUUGUUAAUGGCGUUUUUGGAUCUCAAAAUGCUUGAUGAUGCCAUAAGAUUAUGUACCUCAAUGAAGGAAAAUGGCGUUGUUCCUGCUGUGGCCACCCUCAGCGUUUUAUUUAAACUUUUAAUGUCUUCUAAAGAGUUUAGAAAAACGCUCGACUUUUUUUCUGAACUUGUCGAAUCUGGUAUUCGACCAGAUAGCUUCAUGUAUGGUAAGGCAGUUGAGGCGGCAAUAAAACUAGGGGAGACGAACAGAGCCUUUGAUUUGAUGUGUUGCAUGAAGAAGAUAGGGAUUAGUCCUACUGUGUUUGUGUCUAAUGUGCUAAUUUCUGGUCUUUGCAAAGAGAAGAAGCUGAUUGAUGCACAGAAGAUGUUUGAUGAAAUGAUCAAUACAAAUUUGUCCCCGAAUUCGGUAACUUACAAUACCAUUAUCAAUGGAUAUUGUAAGGUGGGAAAACUGGAUAAAGCUUUUAGUUUGAAAGAGAGGAUGAAGCAAGAAAAUUUGGAACCUAAUCUUGUAACAUACAAUUCUUUGCUAAGUGGACUCUGUCAGGCAAAGCAGAUGGAGGAAGCAAAAAAGCUAUUGCGUGAGAUGGAAACUUAUGGGUUUGCACCUGAUGGAUUUACUUAUAGCAUACUUUUUGAUGGGUAUCUGAGGUCUGGUGAUGAUGAAGCCUCAAUAGUUCUGUAUGAAGAAACAGUGAAGAAAGGGGUGAGAAUAAAUAAAUAUACUUGUUGUAUUUUGUUGAAUGGGUUAUGUAAAGAUGGGAAGGUGGAAAAAGCAGAGGAGAUUCUGAUGAAAUUAAUGAUGGAUGGAUUGGUUCCGGAUGAAAUCCAUUUUAAUGUACUAGUGGAUGGUUACUGUCGAAAAGGAAAUAUCAACGGUGCUAUAUCAACCAUCCAACGGAUGGAAAAUCAAGGCUUAACACCCAAUUGUAUCACUUUUAAUUCGUUGAUCAAUACAUUUUGUGAAAUGAAGGAGAUGGACAAGGCAGAGGAAUGGCUGAGAAAGAUGAUAGCGAGGGAAGUUUGCCCUAGCAUCGAAACGUAUAACAUCCUUCUCGAUGGUUAUGGACGGGCUUGUCUUUUUGAUAGAUGUUUCCAAGUUCUUGAAGAAAUGGAAAGCAAAGGAAUAAAGCCAAAUGUGGUAAGCUAUGGAACUCUUAUCAAUUGUCUCUGCAAGGGUGGUAGAUUUGUUGAAGCUGAAGUAAUUUUUGCUGACAUGGAUGGUAAAGGAGUUCUUCCAAAUGCUCAAAUUUAUAAUAUGCUGAUUGAUUGUAAGUGCACAUUAGGGAAAAUGCAAGAUGCUUUCAAGAUUUUUGAUGAAAUGAUUGAUAGGAACAUUACCCCGACCCUUUCGACGUACAACUCACUUAUCAAUGGACUCUGCAAGAAAGGAAGGGUGAUUGAAGCAGAAGAAUUAGUCAACCAAAUUACAAACAGUGGUCUUACACCUGAUGUGAUCACAUACAACUCCCUUAUCCUUGGGCAUUGUAGUUCUGGGAACCCCCAAAAAGGUCUCGAGAUAUAUGAAACGUUGAAAAAACAAGGCAUCAAUCCUACAUUAAUAACGUAUCAUGUUUUAAUAUCUGGAUGCAGCGAGGUUGGUUUAGAUACAGUUGAGAAACUGUUCGGCGAAAUGUUACUCAUGGAUCUUGCUCCAGAUAGAGUUGUUUAUAAUGCAAUGAUUUAUUGCUACAUAGAGAACGGAGAUGUUCAAAAGGCAUUUGUUUUGUACAAAAAGAUGAUCGAUGAAAGAGUCGAACUAGACAAGAUGACUUAUAACAGCUUGAUUUUAGGAUGCUUGAGAGAUGGUAAGGUUACAGAAGUAAGGAAACUUGUUGAUGAUAUGAAGGCUAGAGGGUUGAGUCCUAAGGGUGACACUUACAAUAUCCUAGUCAAGGGACUUUGUGAACUUGGUGAUUAUGGCGAGGCACAUGUAUGGUAUAAGGAAAUGUUCAAAAACCAUUUUUUGUUAAAUGCCUCCGUUUGCAAUCAACUCAUUGAUGGUCUUAAGAGAGAGGGGAGGUUUCAAGAAGCCCAUCUUAUUUUGUCUGAGAUGCAUGUCAAAGGACUGUGUGUCUGGAAUAUGAGUAAUCAGCCUGCUGCAUCUAUGACCAUGUGAUAUGAGGAAUCUGUGAACACAUUUGGCUAUCACUGCAUUGAAAAACGUUUCUGCAGUUGGCCUAUCUUGCCAUGAAUGAGUUGACAACUGAGCGGUGUAGGCUUCCUGCUGUGGCGUUUUGCUUGUUUCUGCUUCGCCAAAAGUGAUAUUACAACAGUGGGGAAGGAAAGCCCAAUCUUGUCAAACAAAGGUUACAGAAAACUCAUUAGCGUGCCACCAAGUUGGAGCUCUUCAAGUGAGAUCCUACGGAGUCCAAAAAGGGCAUUGAGGAGC